CGAAGACGCCAGUCAAUGUUGGUUGGGCCUGGCGAGCGGACGUGUGAGCGCGCUUGAAGACGAAGACGAAGACGAAGUCGAAGCAGAAGUCGAAGUCGAAGAAUAACACGAAGAAAGACGAAGAAUAACACGUAAAACGACAGCCAAAUCGCGAGUGUGUGCCUCUGCGUUGAUUGUAACUACUUACGUGUGUGCGUGCAAAUUUGUGUGUGUGUGUGUGUGUGUCUGUGCGUGUGCGCGCGCGAGCAUGUGCAGCAUUUGAGUUGUCACGUAACUGCAAACUGCAAUGGCCAGGAGCCGGAUCGAGGCCAGCAGGCUGCUGCUCUUGCUGCUGCUCAUCCUCCAGCUAAUCGCGGCGACGCCGGCGGCGCGCAAUCCAAACUCGAAUGGCAACAACAACAACAUCUGGCGACGCGUCCGCCUGGUGACCAGCGUCAGCGCCAGCUCCGCCCAAGAGCGCGAACGCGAACGAAAUGCCUAUCAGCUGUUGAAGGCGAAUAGCAGCAGCAUUCCCAGCACCUCCACCUCCACCACAAGUACCACGAGCACCUCCACCACCACUAGCACCACUCCUGCACCACGCCGCAGCGCCAAGCAGUUGCUGCGCCGCGAGGAUCUGAAUGUGCCCGAGGUGAAUAUCUCGAGUGCGGCGCGCCUGGAAAUGUCCACGGAGUUCUUUGUGGUGCCCACACUGACACCGAGCACCACCAGCAGCAGCAGCGGCAGCAGGAGGAACAACAGCAGCGGUGCCACCACCACGCCAGCCACGCCCACGCGCAGCCAGGGCGCCCGCGCACGCGCCGCCAACACGCCGCGUGCCACGACGAGCGGCGGCAGCGCCACGCCGCCCAGCAUUGUGUCCACCACCCAGCUGCCGUUCGCGGGCCUGCGCAAGGAGGUGUGGGUGGUGCCGGUGCUGGUGCUGGCCAGCCUCACGAUGCUCAUGAUGGGCGCCUUCGAGAUCUUUGUGCUGUUCAAGGCCUGGCGCACGUCGCCCUCGCGCCGCCAUCUGUUUCUGGGUCAGAUGCUGCUGCUGGGCUUGUUCGCCUGCGCCGGGCUGGGCGCCGUGAUUACCGCGCAGCCCACGCUGCUCAGCUGCGGGGCCAUACGCUUCGGCGUGGGCGUGGCCUACGCCCUGGUCUUCGCCGCCCUGCUGGUCAAGUGCGUGUUCCUGAUCAGCCUGAACGGCGGCGUCUACCUGCCCGCCCCUUACCAGGGCCUGCUGCUGCUCUUCGCCCUGCUCAUCCAGGUGGCCAUCGGCGCCCAGUGGCUGCUGACACAGCCGCCCGAGAUCUACACCACCAGCGUGCCGGUCAUGGGCAGCGGAUUCCUGUCCACGACAGUCGCCUCGCAGACCAACUACUCGGCGCUCUUCUAUCCGACGUCCUACACUACGCUGGACGGCACGCCGGAGAUCUACACGCGGAUCGCGGCGGUGAGCACCGUGCUAAUCCCGCUGUGCAAGACGCAGUUCUCGGAGCUGCUCUUCUCGCUGAUCUACAUCGUGUUCCUCAUUGUGUUCAUCGCGGUGCUCGCGAUCAAGUCGCGGGGCAUCCGCGACAACUAUCGCGAGGCGACAUACAUCGGGCUGGCCAUUGGAGGCGCCAUUCCCAUCUGGCUGGGCUGGAUGCUGUGCGGCCUGGCGGUGGCCGAGCGGCAUAAGGACGCCUGCAUCGCCUUUGGAUUGGUGGCCACGUCGGCCACCGUUUUCCUGGUCAUGUUCAUGCCCAAGGGCAGGCAGCUGGCGGCCAUGGGCAAGGAGGGGCUCUACGUCGAGGACCGCGAGGAGCAGUUCAGUUCGCUGAGUCGCGCCGGCUCCGGCUACUCGCCAUCCUUCUUCCACUUCAAGCCCAUCAAGUACGGCGUGAUGAGCGGCUGCGGCCUGCCCAAUUCCGCAACGAAUACCGGCCAGGGCCUCAGCUCCAAGCACUGCUCCAGUGCCAACAACGGCGGUGCAGAUCGAGUCGCUUUGGUCACCGCCGCACCGCCGAGCUAUACACGUAUGUAUCACUAUUUUCCAGCACAUUUGAGCGCGCACCCGUUCUGCUACUACCCACCCGCACCACCACCACCACCACCACCGCCCGCACCGCCCACACAGCUGGCCACACCGUUGACCCUCAAACAGCUGGGUAACUCGAUUACCUCCAUGACACAGGCAGCGCAAUUGGCCAAAACGCUGCGCUAUGCCCCAGGCAUGUUUAUACGACCCGACGAAACGAAUCUCUAUACGACGCUGGAACCGACUUUGAGCAGCAAUCCGAAUGUUUAUUUUCAGCGCAGUGGCGCUGUCCAUCCGGGAAUAUUGUACUGACUGGAGGAGCAGAGGAGGAUGAAGGAGGAGAAUCACUGGAGCUAUCGAGAGCACUGGAACUGAGUAUUUUUUCUUAAUAUUAAGCUGCAGCACAUAGCGCUCCCCACACACACACACACACACAAACACACACACACAUACGCAUACACACACAUACACACGACCCUAAUACGGCUCCCAAGGAGCAGCAAUAAGUGAAUAAAUGAAAUAAUUAGUUUAAUACAUAUGUCAUAACUGCUAAGCGUUUAGUAUAAGCAAUGGAACACGAUCUAUGAAAAUAUAACUAUGUAUGCUUAGAGUCGA